UAUGGUUGUGCAAAUAUGAUCAACAAUGUGGUAAGAAAUUAUAUUCAAUAUCCUGUUGCUUUAACCACCGAGACUACUUACAUUGAUUGGCAGACACCAUUUCCUGCAAUUGCAUUUUGCAUUUCUUCUACUUCCGCAAUUAGAAAAUAUUUUAAAAGAAACCCAGGAUUAUUUACAAAUUAUUCCAAUCCAAGUUUCCUGCGAGUAUCAUCUGAAGAUCUUUUGUCUCUUUAUCAAACGAUGCGGGUUCCUUGUAAAGAAUUCUUAGCAGAAUGCACAUGGAACAAUAUGAAGUUUAAUUGUUGCAACGAAUUUCAAGAAUUAAGAAAAACCGGCGUAGGUUAUUGUAUCGCAGCAAAUUCGUUUCACUUGAAAGAUAAUGGCAAAUCGAGCGUGCAUUUCUUUGUGAAUCGCACCGUAAAAUAUGGUGAUCUUAUCAUUAAUAUUCGUUUAGAUGCAAAGAUGAAAAGAUACCUUUUUGCUGGAUUUACAGUACACAUUCUCAACAAUCUACAGUUACCAAUAUUUAAUAAUGUGGAAAAAUAUGAGAUACGUUUAAAAGCCGGCAAAACAACCCGAGUUGAGUUUACGAUGAAGGACACAUUCAACGAGGACGGUGUAAAGCAAAUUGCGAUCGAGCACAGAAAAUGUAGGUUUCCUGGCGAAAAACGAGCAAACUAUCGAUUCGACGUUUACAGUAGCGACUCGUGUUAUCUAGAAGUAAUUAUAGAACGAAUGAUAAAGCUGUGUGGUUGUGUGAAUUUUUAUUAUCUUGUGCCUCGAGGUGCAAGAGCAUGCAACGGUACCGAAAUGCUCUGCAUAAUCGCUAAUAAAGCAAGCAUUGAGAUGCAAUCAUUCAAGGAUGAAGGAUGUUUACCGGAUUGCGAGGGGACAUCGUUAAUCGUGAAUCGAUUGGAACCUUAUGAAUACGAUUCUCCGAGUCAAUUAUUUACACGACUUCAUUUUACACUGCUCUCACAUCCAACGAUGCGAUAUCGCCGAUACGUGGUCAACGAUCUUUUAGAUGUUAUAGUUUCGGUUGGAAGUGCAGUUGGGCUUUUCAUGGGUGCCAGUAUCUUAAAUAUCUUUGAGAUACCGUAUUGGUUAUUCGUUCGUCGAGACAGAAUAGCGUAAAAUCAAAAUCUUCUUGGAUUAAAGUAUCAAGGCAUGUGGACGAGGAUUGAUUUA